GGUGUCACCGAGGAGGACCGUACGCGUUGAUGUCAUCACUGGAGGUUGCUAGAGGGUCAGCCAAUGAUGGAUUUGACUGACGGGGCAGAUGAAGGUGUAGGCGAGAUGAAGACAUCUCGUGGUCAGCGUGAAGAAGGCGUCCUUGCGCAGGGAUUACCGCAUGUAGCGAGUCUAGAGGAGAUGGCUUCACCCGAGGAACUCCAGCGUCGGGCAGAGGGGUGGUUGUCCGAACUGGAAGAUACACAGCGACGUAUGCAGCAGAUUGCCAGAGUCCUGUCCUCCGUGGCACAGGCCUGGCCGGUGGUGGAUUGGGGGGGAGCUGCCUUGGCUGCAUGGUUGGAGAAUAAGCUUCAUCAAGUGGAGACUAUCCUUUGGCAAAUCCGGGAGGAUCCGACUCUGGACGCUUUCGUUGAUUGGUGGCGGGCUGAUGAUUUGAUCUUCAAUUGCAACACGAUCUACGAGCAGGGGAUAAACUAUUAUGAUGCGCUGAAAGAGAGGCUAGCGAGUGAAGUGUGGAGGGAGGCUGAGGUCUCCAACCUUGUCGUCGCUCAUUCAGGGGAGUCUGCAUUACCAGCAACGACAACAUCAUCAACAAUAACAACAGGAUCAGACACAACAACGGCGGCUACCCCGGAGUUCAUUGGGGCGAUAUCAAUAACUGCGGCAACAAUGCCUAUGACGAUGACAUCCUAUACUAUAUCAACACAACACUCAACAGCAACAAAGAUCUCGACAAUUUUGACGGCAGCAACGACAACAUCAUCAACAAUAACAACAGUAUCAAACACAACAACGGUGGCUACCCGAGAGCUCAUUGGGGCGACAGCUCCCACCGCAUUACGGGCGAUCACGCCGGAGGCAAUCUCAGUGAUAUUGGCCCAGGUGGCACCAGGCGGGCUCGAAUGCGUGGUGGAAUACGCAUCUAAGUCGGUGCCUGCCUGCAAACGCAAUUACGCCGUCCCGACAGGAGAAUGCUAUGCAGCUCUGUGGGGGAUCAGUCACUUUCGAGCCUAUUUGUAUGGGCGGAAGUUCACGCUGGUCACCGAUCAUGAGCCAUUAUUAGCCCUGAAGAAAUCGAAGGAUUACUCCGGCAUGAUCGGGAGAUGGGCAACAGUGCUACAGAGCAUGGACUUUGACAUUCGUCAUCGGAAGCACGAGAGGCACGAGAAUGCUGACGGGUUGAUACGAUUGCACCGACCCGAGAAGGUCCUCAAGAGCGAGGAGGUGAUUCCGUGGAACGAGCCGAAGGAUGAGAACGGACCGCGUGACGAGAGCCUGGCUCCGCACGUCCUUACGCGGACAUUGGCACCGUAUCUUCAGUGGACUGCGUGCUUGGAGGAACCGGGGAGUGAAAGCGCCCUGCCAUCGCGGCAGGAGUACUUGAAGCCGUCCGGAAUCAACAAUCUUGCCUUCUAUCCGAAGCAAGAUACGUCCGAGGAGGCGGUAGAAGAGGAAGAGGAGGAAGUCACCGAAGAAGAGGGCGACGUUGAAGAAGAAACGUCGGAGGAAGGGAGUUAUAGUGAGCACAGCGAAGGAGAGCACAGUGAAGAGGAAGAAGAAGAAGAAGGAGAAGAAGACGAAGAGGAGGAGGCCGGAUCAGAGUGGGAGGCCUUGCCGGAAGAAGUGGCACGCACAGGCACGGAGGCGGAAGAUCCCGAGGCGGCACGUAAGAGGGAAGAGAUCGCGGCCGGGAAAAACCAGCUUGAAUUCGCCAGCGAAGCGAACCUGCGCACCAACGACGACCGGACCCGGGAUCCAGAGCCCCCCAAGCCCGAAGAUGGCGACCCAGCAACCGCGGCUCCGAGCGCAUCGCGACGGAGACGAAGCCGAUCCCCCUCCCCCUCCACCUCAUCCCGUCCCCCAGUUCGUCCACGUACCGAUGCGGGGGAUCGGCCUUUGUCCCCGGUCAUUAUCCCGUCGACAGUUUUCAUGGGUCAAGUUUGGCUUGACCGAGGCGGAGUACAAGGUCCGCGGCCGCUACGGCAGCUGCUAUUGGUGCAACAGCACCAAGCACAAGACCUCCCUGUGCCAGGAUCAGGGCAAGGAGGAUGUGCGACCCCGCCUCAGCUCGGGAGACUGAGCUCCGCGGAAGGUGAGGCGACUCCACCUUCCACUCCGCCAGAUUCGGCCGCCUUGCUAGCGGUCUCCUGCACAUCUGGGGAGGAUGCGAAUGUCGCAAGUCCUCGGUAUACUUACGAGGAUUAUGCUGUCCACUUGGUUCYACCGCUGGACCAGCCGCUCCACGUGCAACAGUCCACCGCAUGCACGGUUUCAUCACCAUCGGCAACCGAUUCGGCAGCUUCGCCGCAACCUAUCGCCGGGGAUUCGACGUCAUGGUCAAGACUUGAAGAGCUCGACCCAUUGACGUUCACGGACUUCCAGUGGAUGCCCGUUCCCUCGACCGGACGAUUGUCGAAACCACAUUGCAACGUGCUUAUGGCACAAUUGCGGGACUACUUGCACACUGCAGUACCAGCUCCGUUGAUGGACGCCGGAGCAGAGGUUGUCGACCUUCACGCUUUCAUCGCGAAGAUCGACCGCGAGUUCAAGACGCAACGGUACGACGACAUCGACGCACCAUUGCUUUACAUACGCAUUCAGAUCGGAGAGGCGACCUGCAGUGCCUUGAUCGAUUGCGGAGCAUCUCGCAAGUACAUCAGCCAGGACUUCAUGGUACGCGCCGGCCUUGGCCCACGUGUCCGGAGGAAGUCCCAGCCUACGCAAGUCACGCUGGCAGACGGUCAUACGCACAAGUCCAUCGACCGGUGCAUUGACGUCGUCCCUGUGUACUUUGCCCCUCACGCAAGUGAGGCGGUGUCCUUUGACAUUCUGGACACCAAAUUCGACAUGAUCUUGGGCAUGUCAUGGCUGCGAAGCGAGGAUCACCCGGUGAACUUCUUCCACCGCACCGUUCACAUCCGUGAUCGGAACGGAGUAUUAGUUCCAUGCACGGUGCCUCUUCCUCAUCCUUCGAUCAGCUGCCACGUGGUAUCCGCCGCAAGCAUGCGAGCAUCCAUCAUCAGAGACGACAUCGAGGAGAUGGGGGUAUGUUUUCUCCACGCCCUCCCGCCCCGAGACGCUUCAUCGACGGACUCAUCUUCGGAUCCACGCAUCACCGAGCUUCUCGACAGUUACAGCGACGUGUUCGAAAGCGUGCACGGAGUAGUACCGGAUCGACCCAUCCGCCACGAGAUCAUACUCGAGGACGGGGCCGUACCUCCGCGCGGUUGCAUCUACCGAAUGAGCGAGGAAGAGUUAAGCGUGCUUCGGGCACAACUCGACGACCUUCUAGAGAAAGGCUGGAUUCGGCCUAGCUCAUCGCCAUACGAGGCGCAAAGCGGCGGCCAUGGCCGUCCUCGAAGCUGUCGCAUUCGCCCCAUUCCUGUUCAGGGACGCGGCGACGUCGUUGCCGCUCCUUGCAGGCGGGGCGAUGCACGGAUUCGCUCUCACGGUCUCACCAGUUUGGCGGUGGAGGAGUUGGGAAGACGUAUGGAGUGCCGACGACAGAUAUGGGUCAUGGAACGAAGCGGGGGUGUGUGGAGGGAUUUGCAGCGAGUUGGGCGUGAACACGACAAGGUGUUUGUCCGAUUCUGCAGACUUCUUCGCCCGCUAUUCUUUGAAGUGCUGGGUAGAAUUGCACCCCAUAUCCAGCGAGCCCCCACGACCUUCAAGAAUCCUAUUCCUGCUGGUCUGAGUCAGAAGUUCACUAUGGCUCUCAUUAGGUGGGCGACCGACGGGUAUUACUGGCAGACCUCGCAUGGCAUGGGCAUGGGGCUUGUGAGUGCCUUGCGUUGCAAUGACGAAGUCGCAGAUGAUAUCAUCAGCGAGUAUGGCCAUCUCCUUCGGUGGCUGACUGGCCCUCGAAUGCAGGAAGUGGAGAACGCUUUCGAGGCGAAAGGGUUCGCCGGUUGCAUCGGGGCAAUUGAUGGCACCCAUUUGUACAUCGACAAACCAAAGGGUAUGCGUGGGGAUUGCUACUACCAUCACACAGGACAGUUCUCUAUCGUGGCGCAGGUAGUUUGUGACCACGAGUGCAGAAUCACUAGCGUUUACGUGGGGUGCCCAGGGUCUGUGCAUGACUCAAGAGUUUUGCGCAUUUCAGAACUGUUCCGUGAGGCCUCGCAAGGGGUAGGUGUCUUCAGCGAGGGAGGUGCUCACCUGCACGACGGCAGACACGUGGGACGCUAUGUGCUUGGUGAUCAAGGUUACCCUCUCCUGCCAUGGAUCAUGACACCUAUCGGGAGGACGGCUACAACAGCUUAGGAACGAACCUAUGACAGUUGUCACUCAGCGGUGCGGUCUUGCAUCGAGCGGUGCUUCGGCCGACUAAAGACCGUG